GCCUAAUCUGUGAGCCGCCUCCUUGCCCCGGCAUCGCGGCAGGGCGGGGCGGCAGCGGCGGCAGCGGCGGCAGCGGCGGCAGCGGCGGCAGCGGCUUCAGUCUGACGCCGAGGACCCGGCCAGCGCCGCGCCCACCCGCCCUGCACCAUGGACACCGCCGACGGCGUCCCCAAGAAGGGGAUAGUGCUGGGAGCCAACAGCAAUAAAGGUGGCUGUGUAUUGACAGAGGAAGCGCAAAAAGUUGAUGCAGCUUCCAAUGGCCGCUUACAGAAGCUAAUAAACUUGGAAAUCAGAGUGUGACGUGCUCUUUGUGCAACAAUGGCAUCCAAUUCACCCUCCUCAUCCCACAACACUACUCCUCAACGGAGCCGUCCUGCCAAACGUCAGCAUCCAGCUGUUCUUAAUGGCGUGGGUGGGUCUUUUGAGGACAAAAAUAAUGAUUAUUUAUGUCCUAUUUGCUUUGAACUUAUUCAAGAAGCACACAUUACACGUUGUGGACAUACAUUUUGCCACCAGUGCAUUUCCAAGUCCUUGGAAUCAAGUGGUCGAUGUCCCAAAUGCAGUUCGUCUGUGGGGUCCCUUGACCAUGUAUUCCCGAACUACCUCCUAAAUGAGUUGAUCUCAAAGUUCAAAGCCAAGUCCAAAGUGAAAAAUGAAUUCAGUGCCACCUCAAGCAAUACCAGAGAAUGGGCACAGAGCCCAGUUGAUGGUCUCAGAGAGUUUGUCUCCACAGAAUCUCGAAAUCUUACACUCCCUGAUGUUAAUGUAAUUCUUGAGUUACUAACUCAACGAAAAAGUGUUCUUGAAGCCGAAUCAACCUAUUCACAGAAUAAGUUACUCCAAGAAUUUUUGGAUCACUUGUUGAGGUUGAAGGAAGCCCAAUUGGAUUUGUUAAAUAAAGAGGUUUCUCUCAUCAAAAACGAUUUACAAGAAGUGGAAAGAAUUUUGAAGGAUUGUGUUCAAGAAGAAUUAUCAGCAAGUAUUGAUAGUAGAACAUCAUCUAUAAAAUCCAAGAAAAAGACUGGUGCAUCAAAUUCUCUUGACAGUUCAACACCUCAGGAUGAGGCACAACCACAGGAUAGUGAAGGCUUUAAUGAGAAGCGUCUGUCAGGAAAUAUUGUGGAAAAUAGACUUGCUUCCCGGAGGAAACGAAUGCACACUCAUUUUGAAGAUUUUAUGCAAUGUUACCUUAAUAUAAGAGCUAAAGAGGUCACCUUUGGUAGGCAGAGUGAGAGACCUUCAUUGUCUGUGGAUGCUGGAAGUGUGAGUGCUGGUGGAUUGGACACUUUCAGAGAGAAUUUAGUGAAAUUCUCACGGUACAACUAUUUAAGACCUCUUGCAACCCUAAACUAUUCCAGUGACAUUUUCAAUAACUCAACAAUUGUCUCUAGUAUAGAGUUUGACAAGGACAAUGAAUUUUUUGCUAUUGCUGGUGUAACUAAAAGAAUCAAAGUGUUUGAAUAUGGAUCAGUCAUUAGAGAUGUUGUCGACAUUCAUUAUCCCUGUGUAGAAAUGAUGUCAACCUCAAAAAUUUCAUGUAUCAUCUGGAAUUCCUAUCAUAAAAAUGUUUUGGCAAGCAGUGACUAUGAAGGGGCUGUUACUGUAUGGGAUGCGGCUACUGGUCAGAGAACAAAGACUUUCCAAGAACAUGAAAAACGCUGUUGGAGUGUGGAUUUUAAUGCUGUUGACUCACGUCUCAUUGCAUCAGGUUCAGAUGAUGCCAGAGUAAAGCUUUGGAAUUUGAAUAUGGAGAACUCUGUGGCUUCUUUGGAAGCAAAAGCAAAUGUUUGCUGCGUGAAAUUUAAUCCCUGCAGUUCUUAUCAUCUAGCCUUUGGUUCGGCUGACCACUGUGUACAUUAUUAUGACUUACGAAAUAUGAAGGAAGCUCUCAUGGUCUUCAAAGGUCAUCGUAAAGCUGUUUCAUAUGUCAAAUUUCUAAACAAAGAAGAUAUUGUUUCAGCUUCAACAGAUAGUCAGUUGAAAAUGUGGAAUGUCAAUAAUCUUCAUUGUCUUCGUUCCUUUGUUGGACACACCAAUGAGAAGAAUUUUGUGGGCCUGGCCACAGAUGGAGACUAUAUUGCAUGUGGCUCAGAAAAUAAUUCCCUGUAUGUGUACUACAAAGGCCUUACAAAACAACUGUUCAGUUUUAAAUUUGAUGCUGUUAGAAGCAUUUUGGAGAAAGAUAGGAAAGAAGAUGAUGUAAAAGAGUUUGUGUCUGCUGUUUGUUGGAGACAGAACUCAAAUGUUGUGGUGUCUGCCAACAGCCAGGGCAUCAUAAAAAUACUGGAAUUAGUCUGAACUGGAAAAGUAUUUUCUUAUUAGUAAAUUUUCAAGGAGGAGAUAAGGUUAGUCGAACUGGACCCUUCCUGUUAGUUAAUUUUCCCAUUGAUUAGUCAUUAUGCCAACUUUGAUAUAUUUCAUAGACUUGUAGUACUUAUGAUUUACCCGUCCUCAUUUCUUCAUGACAAGGAGAGUUACAUUUUUAGUGGUGCUUAAAUAUGUAAUAACCUCCAGAAACAAAAUUCCUUUGUUUAGUUGGCCACCCCAACAAAAGUAGUAGAGACAUACUUGAAGCCUUAGGCUGAGAAAAUCUUUAAGUGUAUAAUACAAAGUCUAGUAUUUGAAUGGUUAGAUGUAGAAGCUUGCUGUGAUCAUACCAGAUUUCUUAACUUGCCCAAAUAUGUAAGUUUCAACAAAAUAUUCAGAAAUGAUUUGAUUUUCCAUCUCCGCUUCUUCUCUUCUCUCUGAGAUCAACCUGCACAAAAAGAAAAGUGCUAGAAGUCACUUAAAUAUGCAACUCUUGAAUUGUCAGAAAAAGAAAAGUAAUUUGACCAUUUGUGCUGGAACAAUUGUGCUGUUUCCCUUUAAAACCUUUAGUAAUGAUACCUGUUAUUGAUAUGUGAUUGAUAUAAAAUGUUAUCUAUGAAUCAAAUCAUCAAAAGAGCCAACUGAUUUAUUGAUCGAAUUAGAUGUUUCCUGUGGGCAUUGCUAUGUUUAAUUAGUUGAUUUAUUGAAAGUGACAGUAGAGGUAUGGAUUCAUUCCUUUUUAAUCUCAAGUGAUAAAUUUUAAAUUCUUUCAAGACACAAAGGACUGUUGCAUUUUUUUAAAAAUGUUGUCUAGAUUCUUGUGUUAAGACCCCUACCCCCCAACCUUUGGCAUCCACACCACUCCCCGUUUCAUAUUUCCGAGGAAACAUGCUGACGUUACUUCAUUCGCUCUACAUCAUACAAAAUCUAGAAAAUUUCUUUAUUUUGGCUUAAAAGAGUGAUGCUUUGUUGACCUCUCAAUUAGUUAUGUUAUUACCGUGGUAUUAGUAUGAUGACUCAAUUCUGUAAUUGUGAUAACAGUACUUUUUUGUGUUGUUACAUGUGUGUUUUUUUGAUCUCCUCACAUGUUUAAAAUUAAAUCAUCAAAACUAAGCGUAGAAGUAAAUAUUAAUUCAAAUCUACUCUCUAGAGGUAGCUAUAUCAUUCCUCUUCAGCACUUAUAGAUUUAAUUGGCAUUAAUAAGAAGAGAGAAGGAAGUAGUAAAUGGGUGGAGCAUUCAGUCUCACAAAUUUGAGUUAGAUCAAAUCGAUCAAAUACAUAUAUAAGAGUGCUGUGUUAACAUUUGAGCCUAGAACAACUCUUUUAAACCUGUGGAGAUGCAUCCUAAAAAUUUUGUGUCCAAAAUAACUUCUCUUAAAGUCUGCUUAUUCUGGUACUGUAAAAACCUUUCAAACUUCUGAUGUAGUUAUUGAUAAAUCAUACCCCCAAUAGGCUGCUUUGUUAUUAUUGUUGUUGUUGUCAAAUAAAUAGUUAAACUUUCUGUA